AUGGACUACGCCUUUCCAGAGAAGUAUAUUAAAGUGGCACAUUUUUUUGACCAUGAGUUCGGGGAUAUUGAGGCUUCCACACAGCUUGACAACAAGCAGAAGCUUGUGCUCUAUGCUCUUCGGCAGCAGGCAGAGCACGGCCCAUGCACCGAUGGGGCUCCGUCUAUGUGGUGGACGCGGGAGCGCCUUAAGUACGAUGCAUGGAAACAACUGGGCGACAUGUCUAAAUAUGAGGCGAUGGUGAAUUUUGUGAAGGUUCUUGAGGAACUUUUGGGAGGGACAGUGAACUGGGUGAAGAAGUGUGAGGCGCUGGAGGAUAACGCAGAUGCGGGAGAAAAAUGUGCCACGAAACUCCAGAGAGGCGAAAAACCACCUGUUACAGUAGCCGACACGUGGGACGAAGACCUGCGUGCCCACUCGGAACCCACGGAGCAGAAUGUGGGCUACUUAGCUUCGCAGGUCAUGCAUUUGCGACGUGAGCUUCAUCAACUGCGAUUGUCAAAAGCGGAACAAACCAAGAGGGAUAGUGUCGCACUGCGCCUGGUGCCGCCACCCAUCAAAACGUUGACGGCUAAAAUGACCUCGCCGCGACAAGUGCCGCUGUUGCCCCCGGGAAGGCCCAUCGCAAAAAUAAGCAGUUCGCCACCAACGUUGCGUUAUUCGCCCAACCGAAUGACGGAAGCGUCGCUGAAAAGCUCUCGAUUGCCUUCUUCUGCCCCUCGUAAGCGAGAAAUGGGCUGGGCUGAAUGGUUUGGUCUCAACUAG